UUCCCUUCCAACACCAAAAAUUAUUUGCGAAAAAUUUGAAUUAUUUUCUCAGAGGCUUAACUAGCUACCAAUGGCACCGUUCUCUUGAAGCGCCCCUCCCCCAUCUUCCCUUUUUUUUUUUCGAGUCAUUUCCACCCUUCUAAUUUGUGUCUCUUGAAUCACGAAUUCUUCUCCGAGAGAAAAUGGAGCGAAACCAAAUGAACGGUCGGGUUUCACCUUCCAGCUCCGCCGACUGCGGUGGAGGCACUGCAAGAUCCACUGCUUUGUCUCGUCUACCUAACUACAGCAGCCGAGCUGUUCAAGAAGCAUUGGAACACUUGGCAUCUAUUGAUUUAAUUGAGUUGUGCAGCGAAGCGAAAGUCGAGCGUUGCCGGGCAGCUAGAGAUUUGAGAAGUUGUGGGCGCUAUGUUCAGCAUGUGUUGAACUCAUGUGGCCAUGCUUCCUUAUGCUCUGAGUGUAGUCAACGGUGUGAUCUUUGCCCAAUUUGUAGAAUACCUAUUCCAAAGACAGGAAUUAGGCUCAAUCCUCGCCUUUACUACGAGUGCAUAGAGGCUGGCCUUAUUUCCAAAAGAUGUGAUGAAAGAUUUCAGGAGAAAGAAGAUGUGGACAAUGAAUUAACUGCUGACGUCCAACGGCUUUAUUCUUUAUUUGAUGUUGCCUUGGAAAAUAACUUGGUUUCUUUGAUUUGUCACUAUGUUACAGAUAUUUGUAUGGAUGAAAGUGCUGUGUCUAGCGAUCCUGUCAUUGCUUUCUUGUUGGAUGAAGUGGUUGUCAAGGAUUGGUGCAAGCGGACAUUUAAAAAAAUCACAGCGGAACUUCAAGUAAUAUAUAAUCUUGAAGCAGAAGAAAUGAAAACUAGGUUGAGUUUACUUCUUAAACUUUCUCUGCAUUUGGCUGGAAUAUCCAAUGUCCUUGAAGUUUUGGAAUCAUCAUUUAAGGAUAGUCUUUCAGCACGACUUCAUGACUUGCAGCUCCUUCAAGAGAGCAUUUCAAAGGCGAAACAGCAUAUGGAGAUUAUAGCAUGGUGUGCAAGACAUCACUUUCUGGAGAAUGUGAGGUCUCGUUAUACCAAUUUAUCGUCAUGGCGUUCUGUUGUCCAUCAAAGGAAAUCAGCUGCAAUUAAGCGUUCAUGGCCUGAUGUAGCAAAUCAAUCUGCCAAGUCCAGCAUGCUAGCUGGUUCUUUGUUCAUUGAAGAUGCUCUGGCCAAUCUCAAGAUAGAGCAGAAUCAUACGCAGGAGAUGGGAGAAGAGUCAGAACUUGCACCAUUGCAGAAGGAUGGAGGGUUGUUUUGCAAGUCUAAGCUAGAGGGUUUGGAAGCAUGCUAUCCAUUUGAAAAUCUUCGAGCUGCUGUUGAUGUACUCUUUUUACAUGGGAGUUCAGAUUUGGUGCUUGCAAAGCAAGCGAUUUUUCUAUAUUAUCUUUUUGAUCGACAUUGGACGAUGCCAGAUGAAAGUUGGCGACACAUUGUAGAUGACUUUUCAGCUACAUUUGGUAUAACCAGGCAUUCAUUAUUGGAAUCACUUACCUUCUAUCUUCUGGACGAUAACAACGAAGAAGCUCUGCAAGAAGCUUGCAACCUUCUUCCUGAGAUUUCAGGCCCAUCAACUCAUCCUAAGAUUGCUCAAGUGCUAUUGGAAAGGGAGAAUCCUGAAACAGCAUUGAUGGUCUUAAGAUGGUCUGGGCAUGAUGGAUCUCAAAUGGUUUCACUUAGUGAUGCUGUUACUGCAAUUCAGGUUAGGGUGGAGUGUGGACUGUUGACUGAAGCAUUUAUGCAUCAGAGAAUGCUCUGCACCAAAGUCAGGGAAAAUAAGUUCAAGGCUGGACCACCUCGAGAUGCUUCCGAUGAUCUUAAAGGUGAAUGCAGGACCUGGGAAAACUGGGUGGAGAUAUUGGUGACAGAAAUUUGUUGUCUCUGUAUCAAGAAUAAUCUGGUAGAUCGAAUGAUAGGGUUGCCAUGGAAUUUGGAUGAAGAGAAAUAUCUUCAUAAGUGUCUCUUGGAUUAUGCUUUCCAUGACCCUUCAACUACUAUUGGAAGCCUUCUUGUUGUAUUUUAUCUUCAGCGAUACAGAUAUGCAGAGGCAUACCAUGUUCAUUCUAAACUUGAGAGCAUGGAGCAGGAGUUCAUUUCACAAAAUUCUGUCAGUGGAGAAGCUUUAUCCAGAAUAAGAUCAGCUAGUCAUCGCAGAGAAGAACUUGUUGUCCAAUCCAUUCAGUUGCUGCCAAAAGUUCAACAGGAACAAGUUAAGACUGGAAAAUUGCCACCUGAGGUCCAUAGGACAUCUAGAGAAGAAGUUGAAAUUCAAGAAAGGGCUGAUCUUCCCCUGGUGCAAGAGCCAAAGUCAAGCAGUUUAUUGGUUUCAUUGCCUGCGAGUUCUUCUUUUGUUUCGCUGACAAAUCAUAACAUUAUGCUCAAACCAUCAUCUCUUGAAACUCCACCAAGAUUUGGUGCAUCUAUCAAGAAUCCUCACAUGGAACUGGGUAACCAUGGCUCCUCAUCAGUUCUCCAUCAAAGGUUAUCUAGCAGUCCAGAAAGAACUCAGAAGCGUCGAGUUAGUGUCAACAAAAAUUUCAAAUUUGAUGGCAUCUCAACUCCUAUGAUGCAUCAUGGUAGUCACAUGAAUACCACACCAUUAAAAGAGACCAGCAGAACUUCAUUAGAAGUGCUUCCAAACAGUAACCUGCUUCACAAUUUAUUCGACAAAAUGUCACCAGAGAGGGAACAAAAUGGGUUCGUUAAGCAAUUACGAAAUACCAGUCCUCCAUAUUCCCAUAGGAUUACAGCUAAUCCAGUGCCUUUGUUUGGCAGCAAUAAUGGUUUACCUAAUGAUACAAACGGUGGACCUAGAACUAAGAGCUCUAAAGAUGAUCUGAUGGACAUAGCUUGGAGUGGUAGAGAGGAGUUCAUUGUUGAUGAAAGGGAGGUGAAUGAUGGGCUGAGAUGGAGAACUGAUGAAACCAGUGACGAGGAAGAAGAGCAUGUUCCAGAGAGAGUUGUUGGAGUUGGUUCUUAUACAGCAACUGCAAGGAGAGUUAGAAAAAGUAGAUUUUCCAGAAGAUGAACAUUGUUGUUCUUUCUUUUUGUAACGUACAGGUGCCCCCAACCUUAUAUGGUGGCAUCUCAGGAUAUGGGAUAAGCAGGAAGUGCAAGAAGUAGCAGUGAAAUGAAGCCAUGAAUUUUAUUUUUUUAUUUUGAGGGGCUGCACUGCUAAGAUUUCCUGGUUUUGAUGAGGUAUAUAAGCCUACAGUAUACUGAUUCAUAGUUUUUGGACAUGGAGUAUGAGAUUCAUGCCAUCUUCUUUGCUUC